UUUUGAGGAAAUAAUUAUCGAAAAUAUUCAUCAUGUUGGUGAUAUUAUUUUUAUCAUUUUUUUUCGCCAAUUCAUUUGGACAAUUAAUAGUCUACGAAAAGCCUCAAUUUAAUCAAAUAUCAAAUUUCAAUCAAAAAGCGUAUUCUGGCUUAUGGUAUGAAAUAUCUAAAAUUUCAAAUGCCUUUGAGUACGAUCAAAAAUGUUCAACAAUUAAUUUUGAAUUAAACGAAGAAUCAAAAAAAUUCAGCUUAUUUUUAAAUGGAAUAAGUGCAGAAACUGAAGAUGUAAAUAAAUAUUACGUUGAAGCAUUGUUAAAAGAAAAUGAUUCAUCAGAAUUUAUUAUUCGUAAUCCAGAUAAUGAAUUGGAUGAUCUUGGAACCAUGACUGUUUUGGACACUGAUUAUGAAAAUUAUUCAGUUAGAGCUGGUCUUAUACCUUACCAUAAUAUUUGGUUGGUAUUUGGAUGGAUUGAUUCAAGAAAACCAACACUUUCAUCGGAACAUUUUGAUCAUGCUGUUAGUGUUUUGAGUUCUUAUAAUAUUCCAACUAAUGAAUUUAUAAAUGUUAAUCAAACUUGUACAAGUGUUGAUAAUUCACAUAUACUUUAUUCACAAAAAAAAUAAUAGUAAAAUUGUAAAUGAUGUAGAAUUAAGCAAAUAAAUAAAUAUAUAAACUUG